AUGACGUUCGUUAUUAGGGUAGUAUUUGCGACAGCUCUAGUGUAUACUGUCAAUGCUGGAGUGUUGACUGGCCAUCAUCAUGACGAUACCUACGUGUCAUCAGCAUUGAGCGCCCCUUCAGCCUCAUACGGCACUCCUGCUACUUCUUACGGACCUCCGGCUAUUUCUGGGGCUGCACAUUUGGAUUCCCACGUGGAUGUUCACUCUGAUGGAGGAUUGGUUGAUGAUGCUUUAGCCCAUGGGCCAAUUAGCCAUACACAUGCCGAUGUUGGAUCUUACCCUGAUGCAGGAUUAUCUGCUGUCGGACCCAGUGGUUACACCGAAGGCUCCCUCAACCUACCCACCAGCAUUGGAGGUGGUGCGCCUCUCGCUCCAGCUCUACCCGCUGGAUUACCAUCAGGAUCAGGUCUUGCCGGACCCCUUCCAGCUACCCUCCCAGCCCUCGGCUCUUACGCGCCCGCCUUCCAAGGAGGACUUAACGCCGCAACCGCUGUCGGCCCCCCAAGAGUGAUCGGAACUACCGUCAGCGUAGGCAGACCCAUCGCCUCAGCCUCGAGGUACGAACUCCAAUCCGUUAUCCAGGAUGUAGUCCGUCGCGUCCCUGUGGAAGUGACCAGACACGUUCAAGUCGCCGUGCCCCACGCCGUCCCGGUACCAGUCCGCCAAGAGGUCAAGGUGCCUGUGCCACAGCCGUACCCAGUGCACGUCGAUGUGGUGAAACACGUGCCUUACCCGGUCUACAAGACGCAGCACGUCGAAGUCGAAAGGCCAGUACCAGUUGAGGUUGUCAAACAUGUUCCCGUUGAAAUCAUCAGGAAAGUGCCAGUGCCCGUUGAUAAGCCAUACGAAGUGAUCAAGAAGAUUCAUGUCCCAAUUGAGAAGCACGUUCAUGUCCCAUAUGCAGUAUGGAAGCCGUAUCCUCUGCACAUUGUCAAGCACGUCACCCACUACAAGAAGAAGAGUUGCUGCUGGUGA